AUACAUAAAUUUAUCGAUACCCCACACCAAAACACCUUCAUUGUACAAUUAUCAAAACAGCUACCCACACAAAAAAUUGCAGAUGCAAGUAUAAUGGAAGGAGAGAAAGAAGGAGGGCUGAGACUGAGCAAGAGAAUAGCUCAAGGUGAAGUGGACUAUUCAUCGAAGUCAGGGACAGCGUGGAGCCAUUCAUACCUUAAUCAGAAGCCAUGGCAUCCUCUUUCUUACCCGAAUCAGAAGCGCAAAUGGAUCGCCGAACAAACCCAUGCUCAGAAAGAACGCAGAUCCCAAGAAGUUGCCAGAGAGUUUGCACAGGAGCAGGAUUUCUUCCGUCAGACUGCUGCCAUCUCAAAAAAAGAAAAAGAAAAGGUAGAAGUUAUGAAAGCUGUGAGCUUUAUGUAUAUGCGCCCCCCUGGCUAUAACGCAGAAAGUGCAAAAGCUGCAGAGAUUGCAGAUGAGAGGAAGAAGCUUGGUGUGAACAAUGAUCAGGAAGAUUCUAUUCCUAGUGCUUCAGGUGGUGGAGGGAAAGGACAUAUAGUUGCUAAGGAUGGACUGACCGAAGAAAAGAGGAAGUCACAGCCAAAGGAUAUAUUUGGUAGGCCUUUGCCCACUGAGGAGGAAUUUGAAGUAUUAAAGAAUGCACCUAGGUUAGAAACAGGGUUACCUGUGCGAGUUAAGCCAUUUGGCGUUGAGAUCCGGAAUGUAAGAUGUGUACGUUGUGGGACAUAUGGUCAUCAGAGUGGUGAUCGAGAUUGUCUUUUGAGGGAUAUGAUAAUGCCCAAUGAGGAGAGCAGGUUGAAGAGAGACGAUCCACUGACAAAAAUCAUAGCACACACAGCUUCUGACGAGCCUCUGAAAUGGGAACUGAAGCAACAACCAGGAGGGAUAAGCCCCCCUCGUGGUGGAUACAAGUUAGAUGAUCCUAAUCAGCAGAUAAUUCCAGAUGAGAUCUUUGAUGAGUAUGGAGGUUUUUUAAGUGGAGGAGUUGAUAUUCCAGAACUACUGACCAACUUCUCCAAAGAAAAGUCCAAGAGAAGCAAGUCUAGAAAGAAAGAAAGUAGGCACAGAAAAUUGCAUGGAGCAGCAUAUGAAACAUCCAGUGAUGAUGGUGGCAAACAUUCAUCUCACACUAAAAUUAAGCAUGGUGACCGGAAAAGGAAAAGGUCAAGAUAUAAAAAUAAGUCAAAGAAACGACACCAUUCUAUCUCUAGCAGAGUUUCUAGCCCAGAAUCGGACCGGCGACAUAAGAAACAAAAACGAAAAAAGAAACAUGAAUCAGGCUCCAGCACAUCGAGCUCAGAAUCAGAACGACGACGUAAGAAACAAAAACGAAGAAAGCAACACAAAUCAGGCUCCAGCACAUCAAGUUCAGAUUCAGAGUAACCCUAGAAAUGCAUAUAGAAAUUGCCAUAGAUGGUCCACAUGUUUGAGCCUUGUGCUUGUUCUAGAUUGUCGUAACAUUUUUUCUGGCUGUAUCAAACACACUAUGGGAUUGCUGGAAGGAAUUUAUCCAUCUUGCUAGUAACUUAUCGAUUUCUGGUAAGUUCAAAACUGAUAUAUAAUUGUAAGAUCACACCAUGUAAACUGAUUUGUCUCAAAACGUUUCUUGGACAAGAUGGCAUCUACUUUUACAGCAUUUUGCAUGUCCCCACAAAAAGUUGCCAACCAUGCUAACUGGAAUAUAGGGAAUCUUUAAUAUAAUGUAUUUUUCUAUUUGAUUUUGUCAUGGAAGCUGUCAAGGUUCAGCAUCUAAUCCAACCAUACAGACUUACAAAGGUAAUGCUGGUAAACUGAGGCUGCUGGGAAGCCUGGAAACUUCCCGUGGAAAUUAUAUAAAUUUCAAUAUGGAGUGUGGAUCUAUCUUCAGUUCAGCAUUUUGUUAUAUGAGCCUGGCUAUAGGGGCUACGCUUCUGGAAAAUGGAGCAAGUGUUCACAUUAGUGAGCCAACUUUUCCUUUUGCUGGGGGAAGAUUUGGAUUGCUCCUAAAAAUAGUGCAGAAACUUUCAGCGCUUUAAUCUGUAGCCUUGUAACAAUACUGGUUAUUUGGACUUUUUGGCAUAGUGUUAAAGCUUCCUAAAUUGUAGUGAAUUUGUACUCUGCAAGUAAUAGCGGACAGCUUCCAAGCAAAAUCAUUGGACAGCACCUGAUAAACCUUUUAAGGAUGUUCUUUUUGAUGGACAAACAAUAAUCCAUAAAUGUAAAAUACAUUUCACCUGCUUCCAAACUUA